AUGGGCGUCGACGAGGGCGACGGCUGGCUGAAGGUCGGCAACCUGUAUCUCCCGUUCAUUGCCAACAACUGCCCUGUGCUGGUGCUGGAUGCCCAGGACGUCCGCGAAGACCUGGAGGCCCUGGUGGCCAGCGCGCCCGAGCUCGCGGAGGUACCCUCGACGCAGCUAGAUGCGCUCACCAUGGCCGACGACGGAGGUCCCCUCAGCCGCACCCCCAGCGAGUCCUCGGAGGCGCCCACGAGCGCGGGGGAGGCCUCGGACACCGGAGGCCUUUGCGCGAGGGCCCCCACCGCCGCGCAGGUCUGGGACUACCCCCUCUCCCAGCCCGAGAAGCACCGCCGCCUUGAGCUGCUCCUGGACGGCGAGGCGCGCCUCGCCACAGAGGCGCUGGAGGGGCUGCUGGCCGAGUUCGGGGACGUCUCGCUGGGGGAGAGCUCAUUCUGA